AUGGAACCAGUCUCUGUCAAAGAUCCUUCUGAAUUUACAGUUGAAUGCAGCUCGAUUGAAGUACCAACGCUAUCUUCAUCGAUUAGUAUUGAUCAUCAAAUUUUAAUUAGUAGCAUAUCAUUUGUACAAUCCAAACAAGAUGUUCUCUCUAUAAAUUCUACUGAAACAUCAACGAUCACCAAUGAUAUAAGAAAAGCAACAUUCACAUUUGACACGUUUGAACCAAUUAUAAACACUUGGGACGACGUAUUUGCUGAUUCACAACAAGAUGAUAUUACAACAGCAGCCGAUAUUGAAUCAAUAGAAAAAUAUUCAGCGAACUCAACAAAAGAAGCAUUAACAGAUGAAGCUGUAUUUCAAGUAUCAUCAGUGGCUGAGUCAAAUGAAUAA